GAUCUAAGUGAAAAUGAUCAUUAUCUUAGACUUAUUUCUGAUGUAAAUACCCGUUGGAAUUCAUCAUACUUAGCAUGGAUUCAGCUAGAAAAAAUUCAUGAUUACAUUGAUGUAAUUUCUAGUGAAAUAAAUCCUAAGGAAAUUGAUCUUACUAAUCCUACAACGGACUGUAAUGAUUUAAUUGGGAAGGUUAAAUCUGCAUUAUAUAUAGCAAUGAAACAUUAUUGGAAUAUACCUCAAGAUGAAGGUUUGAUAGCUGCAUUCUUGGAUCCAAGAU